AGACUAGUGAGAAUAAAUGACGCUGGCAAUUUUGAUCUGCUCAUUCACAAAGAAGAGGCUUCUGUGUUUUAAGUUCUCUGGAACAACUGGGGUAUAGUUCCUCCUUUCGAUCAGGGAAUUUCUUCUUGAACCAAACUGCAAACACAGAGUGUUUGAGUGGCACAUUUCACUUGCAUAGAGCAGCAUUUGUUCAUUUUUGGGUGCUUUUGGACAGGAAAUUGAUCUACAGGGUAACGUUCACACAGAAAAAGGAAACAGUAUGGGACGAUGGCUUGUUAGUACAAGUGACUCUGUUUGGGAAAUUACGGACAAGAAAUCUUGGAGGAAGAACGGCAUUAAAGAUCAAAAGCAUGAUGACUCCUGAUGAAAACAUCCCCAAAUGAUGAACCCACGAGCAAAAAGGAACUUCUACUUGGCGGCACCUGACUUGCUGGAUCCUAAAUCUGCUGCUCAGAACUCCAAACCGAGGCUCUCGUUUUCCACGAAACCCACCGUGCUUGCCUCCCGGGUGGAGAGUGACACGACCAUUAAUGUUAUGAAAUGGAAGACGGUCUCUACGAUUUUCCUGGUGGUUGUCCUCUAUCUGAUCAUCGGAGCCACUGUGUUCAAAGCGUUGGAGCAGCCUCAUGAGAUUUCCCAGAGGACCACCAUUGUGAUCCAGAAGCAGACAUUCAUUUCCCAACACUCCUGUGUCAACUCAACCGAGCUGGACGAGCUCAUCCAGCAAAUAGUGGCAGCAAUAAAUGCAGGGAUUAUACCUUUAGGAAACACCUCCAAUCAAAUCAGUCACUGGGAUUUGGGAAGUUCCUUCUUCUUUGCUGGCACUGUUAUUACAACCAUAGGGUUUGGAAACAUCUCACCACGCACAGAAGGGGGAAAAAUAUUCUGUAUCAUCUAUGCCUUACUGGGAAUCCCCCUCUUUGGUUUUCUGUUGGCUGGAGUUGGAGAUCAACUAGGGACCAUAUUUGGAAAAGGAAUUGCAAAAGUGGAAGAUACAUUUAUUAAGUGGAAUGUUAGUCAGACCAAGAUUCGCAUCAUCUCAACAAUUAUAUUUAUCCUGUUUGGUUGUGUGCUCUUUGUUGCUCUGCCUGCAAUCAUCUUCAAGCACAUAGAAGGCUGGAGUGCCCUGGAUGCCAUUUAUUUCGUGGUUAUCACAUUAACGACCAUUGGCUUUGGUGACUACGUUGCAGGUGGAUCAGAUAUUGAAUAUCUAGACUUCUAUAAGCCUGUUGUGUGGUUCUGGAUCCUUGUAGGCCUUGCUUACUUUGCUGCUGUCCUGAGUAUGAUUGGAGACUGGCUCCGAGUGAUAUCAAAAAAGACAAAAGAAGAGGUGGGAGAGUUCAGAGCCCAUGCUGCUGAGUGGACAGCCAACGUCACGGCCGAAUUCAAGGAAACCAGGAGGCGGCUGAGCGUGGAGAUUUAUGACAAGUUCCAGCGGGCCACCUCCAUUAAGCGGAAGCUCUCCGCAGAACUGGCUGGAAACCACAACCAGGAGCUGACUCCUUGUAGGAGGACCCUGUCAGUGAACCACUUAGCCACCGAGAGGGAUGUCUUGCCUCCUUUACUGAAAACUGAAAGUAUCUAUUUGAACGGAUUGACGCCACACUGUGCAGGCGAGGAAAUUGCUGUUAUUGAGAACAUUAAAUAGCCCUCUCUUUGAAAAGCCUUAGGCAUAGGCAUAGGUGAGGACUUCUAUAUGCUCUUUAUGACUGUUGCUGGUAGCAUUUUUUUAAAUUGUGCAUGAGCUCCAAAGGGGAAAAAAAAAUAGACACACCCAUCAUGGUCAUCUACCAUCAAGAGAAUCUGGAAUUCUGAGCCAGCACUAUCUUUUUGAUGAUGCUUGUUGAAUGGUCCACUUUCUUUGAUGAGUGGAAUGAAACAAGCAAUGUCUCAUGCCUUUUUGCGCCCAGACUGUUUUCUUCCCCCUUUUCCUAAUGUGCCAUAAGGCCUCAGAAUGAAUUCUAAUUGUCUCUGGUAAUAAUGUAGCUUUGAGGGAUCAGUCCUUAACUUUUCAGGGUCUACCUUACUGAGCCUAGAUAUGGACCGUUUAUGGAUGACAACAUUUCUCUUUGUAAAUGGCAAGAAAUUCUUAUGCAGCCUUUUACCUAAGAAAUUUUCUGUCAGUGCCUUAUCUCACAAAGAAAUAGAACCUCUCUAGCUAAUGUGUGGUUUCUCCUUCCCUGCCCCACCCCUAGGCUCAACUCCACAGUCCUUUACCCCAGAGCUCCCAUUUGAAUACCAUGCCAUGCUGGAAACAAUAUGUAAAAUGACUAAAGUGAUGAUGCCUGGAGAAGGAAUAAAUGCCAAAUUAGAUGGACAUUGAAGCAACACUCAGAAACCCUAGUGUUAAAGGCACUGCAGAGAAAUGAGGUGCAAAGAUGGCCCCUCUGAGUAUAUUUAACUGACUCCAAUACCAAUGGUACAAAUACACAGUAUAAUCAUUACAAGCCAGUAAAAUUGGCUGCUCAACAAUCCUUUUAUCCUGGCAGAUUUGGAAUUUAUCAUUUAUUAAUAACUAUACAUCUUUUAAAGGUGGGAGAAGAAAAAAUAUAUAUAAAUGAUCUGAUAGAAGAAAACUGUUAAAAUGGAUAUUAUUGAAGGUGAAUUUAGACAAUUGGUAUGAAUUGCCAAUAUGAUGAAAAGAUAGCCAAACAGUGUGUUACACGCAUUUGCUAAUAAACGUUAUACUGCCAGCCUCUAUUUGCUUUUUGAUGUAUGAAAGGCUUAUGUGAUUCUUUUUCCUUGAGUAAUUUUUGCCAGAUGAGGGGAGGUGACAUAGUUGGACACAAUCCUAGCCUUCUGUGGGUGCACCUCGGGAGUUGUGACUGAGUGUGAGAGCAGAAGCUGAAAUUGGGAUCACUGUGAUUUUGCACAUGGAAAAAUGCAGAUUGCAGGCAUAAUUCAUCUCUGACAUUAGAGAAAAGCUAUUAUAGCACAAUUUAAAUCUUGAGAGUUUUUUUUUUUAAAGAUAGAAAAGGCCAAUGAUCUUUUUUUUUUUUGUUUAAUUUUAUAUCCUGCAAUGUUUUCAAGAUUCAGAAGAAAUUCAGUAAAGGCACCUAAUAGAUUGCUACUCUUUCUUUUAUUUUCAUACACAGAUCUACUGUACAUUGUAAAUAUAAUUUUUUAAAUGCAGAAAGAAAAGGAUUUCCCUAAGGAUAAUUGCAAAAAUUACUUUUACUCUUAGGGGGUGGGGGGUAUCUGAAUAAAUGGCAUUCAGAUAAGGGUCUUAAAAAAAUAAACCCAGGAUCUUAAAAAAAAAUUAAUAGAUGCUUAUUUUCCAAAUUUUAAAUUUAAGCUAGAAAUGUAAAUAUUCAGUUAACUUGUUGAAGGUACUUUUAUAAACUUUAAAAAUUCUAACCAAAAUUUUAGAAAGUCAGGCUCUUUUAGAAGGAAAGCUACACCCAUUUCUUCAAUAACUAUUCUGAAAGUUCGUAUGGUGGAAUGCACCAUGUAUAAACUGUGAAUUGUAUUGACAAAUAAAGUUUGUAAUUAAAGUCAGCAUUUUCUGAGUCUCCUGCUUGCUGCUGAGGAUUUAGAUCUGAUUCUGGCCAUGCAGAACUCCAGGAUGUCACUUUUCAUGCUGAGUUUUUGAGGCACCUUUGUUCACAAUAUUCAAGAAAUAUUUUCAAUACAGUAUUACUACCCUUGUCAAAUAUGUGCCCAUGUUCCACUUGUUGGCUGUUAAUCCAAAGUAAAAAUCCUGAAAUUUCACUUUUGAAAUAUGAUAUUUUAAGUAGCAUCUAAAUUCAAGAUUGUUUCUAUUAAAUUCUAUCAAUAUCUUAUUUUAUCAUUGUUAGACCUUGUCUUGACACUAAAGUAAUUGGAAUGCUGAACACAGGUGCCUGAAUGUUUUGUAAGAAAAGAGUCAAACAUCCUGGAAGUUUUGAAGCCUAAAGAAGAUUUUUGCAACUCAUCCUCUAGAAUCUCAUACCCCACAUAUUUGGACUGCAUACCUUGUCAGUAUCUUACAUACAUGUAUUUAUUCAUUCCCAAGCACUUUGAUGUUCUGUAAAUAUCCUAAAACUGGACCUAAAACAGGUCCCCAACAUGAUCCUUAGGAUUAGAGAAAAUUUAAGGAAGCCUCUGCACAUUAUUAUCACUUACGUUUUUUCAAGUUUCAAUAUUUUGUUUACUUCUGUGGCAAGAACACUGAUAAAGAUUUUGGCAUCAUCUAUGAGUUUCUUUUUUCAAUGGACCAGUUUAAGAAUGAGUCAUUUUGUCCUGAAGGAUAUUUGAGGAAAAAAAAAAAACAACAAAAAAAAACCAAACCUAGAAAGGAUCAGGAACUCCCUGAUCUGGAAUCUGAAACAUGGAUUCUCGACGAGGCUCUCGAUCCGCCUUAAAACUAGUCAAGGUGUAAGUGAUUAUUUGGGGCAUUCUUGUAAUUUAUUACAUCAGUCUAUGGACUUUGCUGCCAUAGUUCAUGUCACACAGACUUUGCGUUUCCAAUCUUACUUCACUCUUGCGAUACAGGCAAAAAAAAAAAAAAAAAAUUUUUUUUAAUUUUAAAAAGUUAAGCAAGAUUUGAAUAAUUUGUGUUUUGGCCUUUAAAAAAAAUGAGAGCAGAGUGUAGGGCUUAGUUUCAUUCUCAAAUUCUAAGGAACAUGUGUCAUAUAAGAAGCACUAAAUCCAACCUCAUCACGUGUGUAGAACAUCUGUAGAAUUCUUUGAUUCAGAAGGCCAGAAGUUCAAACAAAGAAAAACUUUACAUGGAACACCAGGAAAAAAAAAGUUAUAGGCAUUCUGAAGACUUGAGAAAGCUAUUUAUGCCUAAGAACUGGAGGCCUAGAUCCACUUAUUUGUUUUCCUUUUUUUUUUAAAAAAAA